CUGUGCUCUUAACCUACUUGUUAUACUGCUCUGAUGUUAGUUAGAUUUUUAUGAUUAAGAACUGUGUUGUCUUCAUCCUCUGCUAUCCUUAACAGUUAGCACAAUGCUUUAUGACUUAGGAAAUACACAACAAAUAUUAGCUACAUGGGCGAGUUGAGUGCAUAGACAGGUUUCACAGUGUGUAAGUGCAAAGUUUUGUUUUACUUUGUUUUUUGAGAGGUGCUGUGCCUUAGUGGCCUACACAUGUGGAAUUUACUAGCCUAGGAUUGGAACCUAUACCAUAGCAGUGACCCAGACUUUUGCAGUGACACUGAUGGAUCCUUAACCCAUUGUGCCACAAGAGAACUCCCCUUUCCUGCUUCUUAAAAGAUGAUGUGCUCCUUGAUUCUACUUGGCCCUUUUCUCAUUUUAUACUCUAUCCAGUAAUCUCAUCUUUUCCUACUGCCCCAGUUCUAGCCAUGUGUCCUUGAUUCCAAAUGCAUCAGCUGCCCAGAUACCUUUCCUGGGUGCCAGACCUGGCUGUCUCUUGUCUACUGUACACAUCCAUUUGACUGCUUUACAAACAUUUAAACUUGGCACGUAUAAAACCAAACUCUUUUUUCCUUGUUGUUUGAGGGUCAUGUGGUUCCCUCCCGUCUCCAAAUCAGCUAUUCCUGCUCGAAGUUCCGCCACUCAAAGCUGUCUAGAAUAUGCCCUCUCAUUUCUUUCUUUAUGCCACUGUCUUUUUCAGACCCUUAAUAUGCAUCUUCUUUGAGUCUAAGGCCAUUGGUUUGUUAGAUGUGGAUGUGUAUGGUCCUUCAAUUCCAAAGAUGAUGAAUCUGAAAGGAAAUCCAGAAUUGUCACAGAGCAACUUAAUGCGACCUCUUUUGAAUUAUGGUAUUGCUUGCAUGUCCAUGGGCUUCCUGGUUGAAGAGACUGCACCAGUUGUUUGGAGAGGCCUUAUGGUAAUGUCAGCCAUUGAGAAACUGUUAAGGCAGGUAGAUUGGGGUCAACUGGACUAUUUAGUUGUUGACAUGCCACCUGGAACUGGAGAUGUGCAGCUAUCAGUUUCACAGAAUAUUCCCAUUUCAGGUGCUGUGAUUGUCUCCACACCCCAGGAUAUUGCACUGAUGGAUGCACACAAGGGAGCAGAGAUGUUUCGAAAAGUCCACGUGCCUGUUUUGGGCCUUGUUCAAAAUAUGAGUGUUUUCCAGUGCCCAAAAUGUAAACACAAAACUCAUAUUUUUGGUGCUGAUGGUGCAAGGAGACUAGCACGGACCCUUGAUCUUGAUGUUCUAGGCCAAAGCCUACCUGAGGAUUGCUACCGAAGUGGUAAGAAGAUUGCCUCCACCUCCAGAGUGAUUCCCCAAGUGUCCUGGAAAUUUGCCUGUUGCUUGGCAGUAAGACCUUUGGAAUCAACAGUAUGGUGGUUGAAACCUACAGAAAUAAUAGCAAUCAGAGUUGUUUUCUUGUAUCUCUAAAGAAAUAAUGUCUUAUAUUCAGGUUUGAUUUUCUAAGCAAUAACUCACAAAGUUUUUACAUACCAAUGCUUACUGCUGCAUGUAGGAAUUUUUUGGAAAGCUAAUGUGUACCAACAUCACAGAACCCCAUUUUUUUUUUUUUUUAUUGAGCUACCUCUGAAGGAAUGAUGAGUUUAUAUUACAAGCCCAACCUUCAAUCAGGAGAGAGCUGUGAUUUUUUUGUUUUGUUUUGCAGUACUACAGAGUUGGCCAUUUAAAGGAUUUACUAAAUGUGUGUAUGGACAUAAGUGUGACACUUCUCCUUCAGGCAGUUUGUUCUGGGUUUGAAUUCUGGACACAUUCUUAAUAUAGAUAAACUUCUGCUUCUUCAUCUAGACUAGACUUUACCCCAGAUUUAGUGAAUCUGAAUCUCCAGGAAGGGGGUCUGGACAUGUGUAUUUUUUAACAAGGUCAUAAUGAUAUUGUUGAUUCUGAUUAUGGUGGCAGUAAUAAUAAUAAUGCUAACUAACAUUUAUCAAGUGUUUUCUUGUGUCCUUGUGGUUACUCUUCCAUUCGUGGGAGUGGGAAACUGUUGUUGUCUCCACUUUACAGAUAGGAAAACUGAGAUAUGGGAAAGUUAAGUGUCUUCCCGAGGGUUACUAUUCUUGUAAAUGGAACUGAGGUUUGAACUUGGGCAGCUAGAUACUGGACCCUUCCUUUUGUACACCAAAUAGUAUCCCACAUUUCCUCAAACUUAUUUGACCAUAAUCUCCCCCAUCUUCCCUUUAGGAACAUUUCAUGGAGUUCACAUUUCAAAGAAUACAGUUUGAAGAACAUGUAUCUUGUCUAUUUGAGGCUGAGAGAGAGAGUUGUGUCAGGGGUUUCCCAAGGUCAGGUAGGAAGAUUGUUUUAAGAGUCAUAAGUUAAUCCUAAAUUAUAAUGAAGUGGUCUCUGACCUUUGACAAAAGUUGGGUACCUUUGCUCUGUAUUUAAGGAACCAGAAAAUUAGGUAAAGAGUUACAUACCAUUAUAAACAGGUUUUCACACACUUAUGUUCACAUAAAAAAUUGUACAUGAAUGUUUAUAGCAGCUUUAUUUGUAAUAGCCAAAAAAACCCAGAUUUUUUGAGUAGGUGAUUGGUUAAACAAACAGUAGUGUAUCCAUGCCAUGGACUACUACUCGGCAAUAAAAAAAGAGCAAACUGUGGAUACAUGCAACAACCUGGAUAAAUUCCAGAGAAUUAUGCUGAAUGAAAAAACUAAAAACUAAUCCCAGAAGGUGUUGUGUACUAUAUGAUUCAACUUCUAAGACAUUCUUGAAAUGAAAAAAAAAUUACAGAAAUGAAAAACAGAUUAGCAGUUACCAGGAGUUAAGGAGGGGGAAUGAUGGUGGGGGCAGGAACUGUGUGUAUGUCUAUAAAAAGGCAGCAUGAGGGAUCCUCCUGAGGAUGGAAAUGCUCUGUAUCAUCACUAUAUUGAUAUCAGUAUCUUGGUUGUGAUAUUGUGCAAAUGUUAUACUGGAGGAAAUUGGGUAAAGGGCACAAAGGACUCUCCCUGUAUUAUUUCUUAACAGCUGCCUGUGAGUUUAGAUUUUCUCAAAAUAAAAAUAAAAGUAAAAUUUAAAAAAUAAAAUAUGUGCUACUGUGUCUGAACUGAAAUUCCUGGACCACAUUAUCCAUGCUAAUAAAAAUCGUGAAUAAAAGUA